AAGAAUCCAGCAUCCCUCCCCACUGCCCUGGCUGCCAGCUGCUCACCAAGGCUCUGUCCCCUGUCCUUUGGAGAAGGAGUGGAGUUUGACCCCUUACCACCGAAGGAAGUAAGGUACACUUCCUCGGUCAAGUACGACUCUGAGCGCCACUUCAUCGAUGACGUGCAGCUGCCGCUGGGCCUGGCAGUGGCCUCCUGCAGCCAGACGGUCAUCUGCAUCCCUAACUGCACGUGGCGCAACUACAAGGCCGAGGUGCGCUUUGAGCCCCGCCACAAGCCCGCACGCUUCCUCAGCACCACCAUCGUCUACCCCAAGUACCCCAAGACCGUCUACACCACCACCCUGGAUUACAACUGCCACAAGAAGCUGCGGCGGUUUCUGUCCAGUGUGGAGCUUGAGGCCACCGAGAUCCUGGGCAGCGACUGCCUCGCGGAUGAGUGCUGACUUGCGCGGGCUGGUUGGGGUUGGACCGGCUGCUGGCCCUCUGCCCCGGUCCCCAGGCCACCCAUGUAGGCCUUGCACGUCAUUCCAGCCCUAGAGGAGUCUAACCUGGAGAUACCUCUGAGCCCAGUUUGGGGAAGAAGAAAAAAGAAGUCACUGCAUCUUACAAUUAUUGAGAUACUUGGUUUUGUUUUUAAAUUUUCAAAUUGCCUUCAAAAGGAGUAUAUCUGGUUUGCUGCUGCAGUGUCCCCGAAGUCUCCGUAUGAUGAGAAAAUAAAAAAGACAACUAGAGCAAGAAGAGAAUGACAGCACAUGGGGCCAGGGAGCGAGUGGUGGAGGCGGGCUCCCUCCGCGGCCGUGUGUGUGAAGAACAGGUGGGAAAGUCCCGCGAUGGGAAAGUGGGCUGUGGGAAGGUUCAGCCACAGAAGUCUUCCCUGCUACAGGAGUAGAGCUCAUUCAGUAAAUUGUGAAACCCAUAUGUGUUCAAUCUGUGGAGAGCUGAGUUCCAUUCCAUUUUUAUUUUUGCUUCCAUUUGUAUUUCCUGUUAACUAAAACUCUUGGAAUUCUCUAGAUCGUUCUCAUGAUAUCAAAAAACCCCAAACCACAAUAGGAGCUGCCUUUGGAGGAAAAAACAAAGGCUCGCUGUGUGGCUGCCCACUGCAGAUGGCCAGGUGGACCGAUGGCCUGGCUUGGGAGCAGCGGGUGGGGUCCAGGCGCCGGCUCUGGCUCAGCCCUCGCAGGGCCCUCGCACACUUGGCAUCUGGUUAGCAUCCCUAGGCUUGUGUAACUCUCUCGAUAGGUAUUCUGGGGUUUCAAAAUACUUUCCAGUUUUUUCACGAGGCACAAUGUAGUAGAGGGCUCUUUUGGAAGAAAUGGCAUUUUAAAAGAAUGCUUUGGAAAAGUACUUUCUAGGGCUCUUAUCAGGGAGGUUUCCACUCUGGAAGGCCACGCUUCAGACCCCCUGCUGGCCUGGCGGGAAGAGGUGAAUGUGGAUGCUUCUGGCGCUCCAGUCGUUGUGAUUAAGCGUCUGGAUGGACCUGUUUUUAGGACUUCGGUGGUGUUGAAAUUGUGGAAGGGUUGGGUCUAAUCCAACAGUCCCAAAAGCAAGGAUUCUUGCUUCCCGCCCCCCGCCCCAGGUUCAGCUGAGUUCCGGAUAGGGAAAGGUGGCAUAAUUCAGCCACCACAACUUGGCCACUACAGCAGUGGUGGACAUUUCUUUUCUGCCACUGUACCCAUGAAGGUGGCCACUGUGGAGCCGAAUGUGGACUGAAGAUGCUCCUGAGGCCGCUGUGUGAGCGCCGCCGAACGGGCGGGGGCAGCAGUGCAGAGGCCGCUGCUGGGCAGGUGCGACCGGGCUGCUGCCCGCUCACCGCCCGGCCCCCGCCCUUGCUUCUUAGCACCUCCUGCCAGGCCCUGCGGUGCCUGAGUGGAGAAAGUGGCAGAUGGACUUUUUUCCAGUACUGGAAAGAACAAACCGUACAUAUUUCCUUUGAAUACAUCCAAAUUAUGUCAAGUGAUCCUGGGUUACAGAAGGUUGUAAGUCCAGCCUCCUGCUUUAUCUGCAGGUUUCUGUGGAUGGCUUCUAUCUGUCCUGAAAUCAGAAUUGAAAGCUCUCUGGGUCCGCUGGAGCCGUAGCAGGGGCUUGUUACAGUGAAAGCAGGCACGAUCCUAAUCACUGUCCUGCAGGGUCACUGGGGGCCUGGGCAGCCACGUUGUCAGGUGUCCCCUGCAGACAACAGUAUUGUGUUCCUAAUGGACAGGACGCGUCUCUUUCGAUGCAGCUGGUUUGCCAAGGUGCAGCUCAGCAGGCACCCAGCACGGGGACGCCCUGGGCCCUGUUGUCUCCUGGGUCACGGACAGAGUGACACGUGCUGGGUGCCUUUGGAAGGGCACAUUGCACAGGGUACAUUAGUAAAAGCGGAUAUUUCUAUUUGAUUUCCUAAUGUUGUCAUUAAGUGGUAAGUGUAAUUUUUAAAUUAUAUUAGGAGAAUUCCAGAGGCGUUGCUCUGCCCCAGUGGAGUGGAGCACUUGGGUGAGCUCAGAACAGCCCUUUGGGCAGGGCUGCCGGAGGGAGAAUGUGCUCUCGGAGCACAGCAGCGUGGGAGGUGUCCUUGGGAGUUUGGGGUUGUUGUUUUAUUCUAUUUUGAAUUUUUGUCGUAGAAGGAUUAUGUUAAAGUUCAGGCAAAUCAUUCUAGGUAUGGAAAAAACCUGAACUCUUACCAGUAAAGUAAGUAGAAGUGGGUGACAGCGAAUGUGUCAUGCAAAUGGAAAAGCAGGUUUUCCUCUGUUAAGUUAUUCACUAGGGAACCAGCUGCAGUUCUUUCCAACCCUCUCUUUUUCUCCAAACCUGCUUGGCUGAAAGUUGCAGAAAUGGGAGAUGCGGCGAUGCCGUGGGACGCACCGGUGAGGCUCUGACGUCGUCAGGCGAUAGUGAAUUCACGCUAGUUUACAGGGUGGAAGUGGUGAAUUUGAAAACUCACUGAUCUAAAAUAAACAUUCCCACGUAUGCGUGAGAAAUACAGUUUAUUUGUUAAUUAAAAAGUUUUUUUUUUCCUCUUGGUCUCUUAAAUUAUGCCUUUCAUGUAAUAAGGAUGAUUUGUAUUUUCAGAGAAACAUUGUUUCCUUUCAAACCAUGGACCUUUAGACUUAGUUUGAAUGAAGAUCUUUUCCUUUGGCAUUUUUCUUGUUUCUAACCUUAAGAAAUCCGAAAGAGUAUUGGACAAAACUGUGUUUUAAAUUUGUCUUUGACCUCUGUCUCAUUCCAUUUUGCUUUAUGACUUCUCCAUUUAACAAUAAAUUAUCUAAAAAAUAAA